ACUGAGUCUGAUACAGGGGAGACUCCCACAGGCACCGGCUCCUUCUCAUUCCGACUCCUUCACAUUAAACUGACACUUUAUACUGACACUUUAUACAGACACCGGAUCAGCACCAGGGACAGGAGCAAAAUCAGCACCAAGGAAACAGGAGCAGGAGAAGGAGCUCAGAGACAUCAGACAAAGUUGUAUCAGAGCCGGAGGAGAGAGAGAGGAGAGAGAAGAAGAGAGAGAAGAGGAGACGAUGAUCCCGGUGUUGCUCGUGUCUCUCCUCGGCCUCUGCCGCUCCGGCUCCGCCUUUAACCUGGACACUCGCUUCCCUGUCCUGAAAGAGGCCGGAGUCCCCGGGGGAUUAUUUGGUUUCUCUGUGUCGCUUCAUCGGCAGAGUCUGGAGCAACAGCGAUACCUGCUUCUCUCCGGAGCUCCACAGGAUGCAGCGGCGCCCAACGUAAAAGCCAACAGGACCGGGGCACUCUACGCCUGUCCCAUUAGCAGCUUGACCAAUGACUGUUUUAGGGUACCAAUUGAUCCGGAAAGUGACCCUCAGAACAACAUCAUCGAGAAUAUGUGGCUGGGGGUAACCGUAGCAUCACAAGGGCCUAAUGGAAGAGUGCUGGUUUGUGGCCACAGGUACACAUCUGUGCGUUGGUCAGGAGAGGAGGAUCAGCGGCGGAUGAUAGGAAAAUGCUACAUUAUAGGAAACAAUUUGGAGCUAAAUUUAGAUGACGAUUGGCAGACUUACCACAACGAGCUGUGCGACCCUAACUCUGACUUCGAUGCCACGGGCAUGUGCCAGAUGGGCAUCAGUGGGGGAUUUACCAGUAAUAUGGUCUAUUUCGGAGCUCCUGGGGCAUUUACAUGGCAGGGUUCAAGCUACAUCAUACAGAGAGAGACAAUUUGGGACCUGAAGGAAAUCUACUAUCCUACCAAUAAAACAUUCAACAUUUAUAUGGGGUACACCAUCCAGGUUAACUCUGGAAUUCUUCAUAAGGACCAAGUGACGGUCGUGUCUAGCGCUCCGAGAUGGGAAAGCAAAGGAGCCGUGUUUCUGCUGGAUGUGCAAAAUAACAUUAUGGUCGUAAAGCAUGUGCUGAAUGGUCAGCAGGUGGGCUCCUACUUCGGCAGUGCCAUUGCAUUGGCAGAUCUUAAUAAUGAUGGGUGGCAGGACAUAGUUGUUGGAGCACCCUAUUAUUUUGAUCGGAAAGAGGAGAUUGGGGGCGCCGUGUAUGUGUAUAACAACGUGGCGGGUUUUUUCAUUGAUAAAGCAGCAAUGGUGCUGCAUGGGACCAGCUUUUCUGGGUUUGGCUUUGCCCUGGCAAACAUUGGAGACAUUAAUCAGGAUGGAUUCACCGACCUGGCAGUGGGAGCCCCGUUUGAUGGACUGGGUAAAGUGUACAUCUAUAACAGCAAUGCAGACGGCCCAAAGCAAGAACCAUCCCAGGUGAUUGAUGGCUCUCAGGUAGCAAACAUCUCCACUUUUGGAUACUCACUUAGUGGAGGGCUUGAUGUGGAUGAAAACGCCUACCCAGACUUACUCGUGGGAAGUUUGACUGACCGUAUCGCCCUUCUGAGGUCUCGCCCAGUGAUUAAUAUUUCAAAGGAUUUUAAGGUGACUCCUACAUUGGUGGAUCCAAGCAAAUGUUCUGAUACUUCUUGCAUUGAUGUCCGUGUCUGCUUCUCCUAUACACUGAGUACCGGAAACGCCGGCUACCGAAAGAAUAUCACUUUGCAGUACACUUUAGAGGGCGACCAUGACAGACGGCCACCUCGGGUGAGGUUCCUGGGUUCUUCUGGGGCCGUGUACCAAGGACUCUUCUCUAUGCCAGAUACCAAGUGUCAGAAUGUUCAGCUGCUCCUACUAGAUAAUAUUCGGGACAAGCUUCACCCAAUCAGCAUCUCUUUGACGUACUCAAUUCUGGAGAGGGAGGCGCGAGGGCGAUCGGCUGUGCGCUCACUGGACAACUUUCCUGUGCUCAGUGAAGACCAGAGCAAGUCAGAAGAGUUGGAGAUCCACUUUCAAAAGGAGUGCGGCUCAGACAACGUGUGCAGGAGUAAUCUGGGAAUACAGUACGAGUAUGUGGUUGGAAACACGCCGCUGUCCAAGGUCAAUGGCUCCCAGGUUCUGCAUUACGACCCAAGUGUGAAGAAGGUGAAUCUGAAUGUGAUUGUUACAAACUUCCCCAGCGUCACAUCACCGGCGGAUGAUGCCCACGAGGCAGUUCUCAACAUAACCGUUCCUCCUGAGCUUGUCUUUUCCUCUGUUCGACCACCUCUGGCCUGCACCUUAAAGGACACCAUCAUCUGUGAGCUUGGGUUCCCAUUCAAAAGGAAUCAGAAGGCUGAAAUCACCAUUGUUUUCGAAGCUGUUGGAAUCUCACUGAAAACUCGAGAAGUGGUGGCCGGACUGCAGCUAUCCACGUUGAGCAGACAAGAUGACCUACAUGAAGAGUAUGCUAAAUUCUUAGUGGAUUAUACCAUAAAGAUGUCAUUUUCUGUCCAGCCAAGCCGCAUUCAGACCUAUUUUAGUGGCAAUGUGAUGGGGGAGUCCGCCAUGAAGACAGCCCAGGACGUUGGAAGCCCUGUGGAGUACAGUUUUACAGUUAUCAAUGAUGGGGAACCGCUGACAUCCUUGGCAACACUUUUCAUUGCUGUUGAUUGGCCCCAUGAAGUAGUCAAUGGGAAGUGGUUGUUAUACCCUACUGAGGUCCUGGUUAAUACAGGGACAGUAAAGGAAUGCCAUCCUUCUGGAAAUGUUAUUAACCCUUUAAACCUAACUGUUUCAGAUACUUCAGUUAAAAGAAGGCGAAGAGAAGUUGUUGACAUACCAGAUGUCCGGACUUUGGCAGCUACCAAAAGAGAAAGUUCUGAAGUUGUACUGAAAUGUUCCGGAGGAGGAGCAACGUGUGUGCAUUUUUCCUGUCCUCUGAAUGACAUGAAGGAUGUAGCAGAAAUCACAAUAAGGGGAAGAGUUUGGAACAGCACCUUUCUUGAGGAUUACAGAAAUGUAGAUCGAGUGUGGGUGAUAGGAGGAGCUGAACUGUACCUAAAAACUGAUGUUCCCUCCAUUAACAUGAAGAGCCAGUUUGUGACGUUUUCUGUUGCUAUAGAUUCAGAACUGGUUGAACCCCCACCAGCUGAGCUCCCUCUCUGGUUGAUCAUUGUAUCCGUAGUUUCCGGAAUUUUGCUCCUUGGUAUCAUUAUCUUGCUUCUAUGGAAGUGUGGAUUCUUCCGGAGGGCAAACACCCGCGCCAUGUAUGAGGUCAGAGGUCAGAAAGCUGAGAUGAAGGUGCAGCCAUCGGAGACAGAACGCUUAACCCAGGACUACUGAGUUCAACCUCUGACCCCUGACCCUCCCCUUCGGGUUGGAUUUUUCCAUCGCGUUGGAUAUUAUAAUUUAGUCAAGACUCACUACGCUGUAUGUGUCCCAUUAGAAGAGAGGCAGGGACUCUGCUCUGGGAUUCCACACAAUCAGAAGAAUUGGGUCACCAGCUGGAAAGAGACAGCUAGAUACUACUGAGGGGCCAAAAUCCCAAAACUGUGCAAUGCCACCUCACUGUGACACUGGAGGAUAGGUCAAUUGUAGGACAGUGGGGCUAGGGUAAAAUGAAUGGGACAUAUUUUUUUAUACUGUUGCAAUCAAAAAGGGGCAGAUUUUUGUCCCCCUUACUAAUGGAACAUGAUUAGCUAAGAUUAUCCUGGGACACUCUAACGCAAGGAAAUGGUUAAACAGGGACACAACAUUAUGAUGGAUAUUUACACUGGUACCGAUUAUACUAUUGAAGUUGAAAAAAGCAGAUUCUCUUUCAAGGGUACAUAUUUUCCUUUGACACUGGAACUGGAAGCAAAGACUGGAAACUGAUGGUACAGAAUAAGCGACGACACUGGAGAAUAUUAUGAUAUAGAAGAUUCUCAUUUGACACUGGAAAAGGGGCAUGGGGGUGAAUAUGACCGUUUUGAACAGGAAUGGUUGGAGUUGUGACGAUCAUGUGGCACUGCCGUGGGUUUUCAGAUCCUCCUGAUUCUGGAAUGGAGGUUCAGAUAGUCCUUAGAGACAAUAAAAUGCACUCUCCAAUAAUCUUGUCAUUAUGAAAGAAGGUGCUAAAUAUCAUGACUGCUACAGGUAAGAGAGCUUGUGGCUGGGGUCGCACAUUUCUCAGAUAUUGCUCAGACAUUUCUCAACUCGUAACAAGUUGAUUAGGGUAAGCGUUGGGUCGUAUGCUAAUUGGCUGCCCUGGCUAUUACCGGCUCAGCCCAGUUGGGGUGAGAUUUGUUGGAAAACCUCUUUUUUUUGGCGUUUUGGGAGCAGUAACAAGUUGACUUGAGGUUUACUUAGACCCAGAGUCAGGGAUUUCCAGAAGAAAUGUUGGACCACAAAGACACUGAGUCUCAGGUCUCUAUUUACAGACACUGGAAGAACAUAAAUGAUACAAAUAAAUACAAGAAUGUAUUUACCUGAUACUUAUCAACUGUCACUAUGGGUUUCACUACAAAACAACCAGGCUGUCCAGAUUCUUCUUGACUGCGUCCUGUUCUGACGCUUACCACUGGAAACGAAGCUGGAGCCAACUGAGUCAGAGCUUUUUUUCCCCAUAACAUAUUUCGGGUUAGCAUGAACCCAUUAUCAAGUCAAGUAUUUUCCUGAUACACUGGACAGACAGCAUUUGGUGCAGUCUAUAUAGCAGGUCUGACAAAGGACUAUUUAUUUUCUAGCAGCUCUGGUAAUGACUGAGAGUCACCUUUGUAGAUAAGUGCUCUCUACAUAUUUGUGUAGCCUAAUGCUGCUCUGCAUUGGCAGAUAGCAUGUGCUCCAUAUCAAAAUCAUAUACUUUCCUGCUUCCAAGGGCUUUAGAAAUAGGUACAAGCUGUGCUUAGAAAUCAUCAUGUUGAGUGGCACUGGCUCCGAGAUCCUUUGUUUCUCUGCAUACUGCGGCUGGCUCCAUGCAGAAAAUAAUCCCUAUACGACAAUAUAUUUGGUACUGUCAUUCGGGCCUUUUUACUUUUUGCACCAGAGCUGUUGUAAAUAAAAUACAACUAUGGAAUAAAACCUUUUGCUGAAA